ACCGCAUAUAUCAAAUACGAUCCGGUGACGGCAUUCGGUCACACUGCACUAAUAGAAAUAGUAUUUGUAAAAGAAACCCUCAAAAGUAGUCCUCCAUAGAACAACUCUAUUGAUUUGACGAGUAUUUAUGCGAGUUCGCACCGAGUGACACAUUGUUGACAGGAAGAAACUCUUAAAGAUCGGUAUCUCUUUCGAUUGAUUGUCGUCUGAAUUAAAGACAACAUAAUACGGCGCACGCAAAGGUUCCAUUAAGCGUCGACAGUGGACCCGUUUGUGGCUAUGAGAUCGCAAUGUCGGCGAUGUUAGACCUCUGAUACUCGCUGCAGAUCGUUGUUAAACAUUGGGGCCUUUUGCUCGUCGGUGAGAGGGCUAAAGACAGAUAGAACCUUGUCCUCCAGACGGUGUAACUGGCGACAUCUGCUUUUCGAUUGCAGCAGAAAGGGCAGCUAUAUCAGGAGAAUGGAACGGCAAUUAGAUUGAGCCGAACCGGAUGCUUCCCAAAAGCAAUUGUGUGCCUAUAGUUAGUUAAUCUGAUCUGGCCCCAUGAUUUCUUAGUACUUCAGCGGUGUCCAUGUUACUUUAACUGCAUUAAUCUAUCUCGAGUUUUUUCUAUCCCCCUUCAAAUUUGCUCGUGGUUGCCUACGUAGAUGUCGAAGACGUUAUCACUUUACCGUCUUUAUCAGCUCGUGUCAGCCUAAUCUGCCUAGUUCCAUUAUCUCUCGAAGGAUAUCACAAUGUGUGUCUAGUGUUUGUGCUCGCGACUACGCGUCGAUUGUGUCUGAUGCCUCUGUGUAAGUGUUUUGUGCAUCUUUGCUAUAUGUAGCCAGUCUCCUCAGUCCUCUGUCGUCCCUACGGCGACCAGUGCGAUUUCUCAAGUCUGCCUGGAAAGAUAAGACGCAGACGGUGCCUCCACGAACCGUGGACGCUUGCAGGUUUUUUAGAUCAAACAAAAGAAAAACCGAAGGAUACACAAAACGUAACGCGGAAGCAAAAAAUGCCGACCCUGAUUUCAUCUCACUUGAUUUUGGCCAUCGCCGCUGCUGGCGUUCUGAUUGACGCUCGCUUCUCCGUGCCGUAUGUGUACCACGAUUACCGCGGUAUGUCGGAUCUACUCGUUAAUCUGACGAACUACCGGCCCGAUCUCGUCACACUGUACUCUGUUGGCAAAUCGCUAGAGGGCCGAGACCUUUGGGUAACGAUGGUGACCUCGCAAGCGACCGAAGAUCAGCUGCUGAAGCCAAACAUUCGUUAUAUCGGUAACAUGCAUGGUAACGAGGUAGUUGGUAAAGAAAUGCUUUUACAUCUGUUGGCCUACAUGGUGAACACGUAUGACACGGACCCACAAAUGCGCUGGUUCCUCGAUAACACCAUUAUCCAUAUUAUGCCGACAAUGAAUCCGGAUGGUAUGGAAAGAUCCCAACAUGGCAAUUGUGUCGGGGUCAACGGGCGUAAUAAUGCUGCCGAUUUUGACUUAAAUCGUAACUUUCCCGUGGUGGUGGGGACAGGUCGAUCUCAAAAGGAGCAACCGGAAACUGCAGCUGUUACCCGCUGGAUGAAUGUCGUCCCCUUCGUACUUUCUGCCAACUUACAUGGAGGAGCGCUCCUCGUGCGUUAUCCCUUUGACAAUGGCGUCGAAUACACCUCUAAUCCGGCGCCUGACAACGACGUCUUUGAACAUCUGGCUCGUACCUAUGCUCGGAACCACCCCGUCAUGCAUCAGGGUAUCGGUUGUGAACGGGAUGGACGUACCUUUAAGGAAGGAAUUGUCAAUGGAGCUAACUGGUAUCCAUUCGCUGGAUCAAUGGCCGAUUACAGCUACGUCCAAGGCGGAUCUCUGGAGCUAACUCUGGAGAUUUCUUGUUGCAAACAUCCGCCUCAGCGCACCCUUCGGCAGUUCUGGGCGGAGAAUAUUCGACCCUUAAUCCGGCUUAUGGAAGAAACUCAUCGUGGUGUUAAGGGCAUAAUUUCGGAUGAUCAAGGCGGUCCGAUCGGGGGCGCUCGUAUGAUAAUUAAGGAACGUCAACAGGUCGCUUUCCACACGUCGCCCAGAGGUGAAUUUUGGCGAAUCCUGCUUCCUGGUUCGUACACGCUGUUGGUGUCUGCUGAAGGAUACCAGACAACAGAAACGCCAUUUACUAUCGUCCAAGGUCACAGCGCGGUCCUGAACAUUACCUUGAAGGCGUUACAUCAUCCCAGCAAUUAUCUGAUUGGCGACGGAGAUAAGCUGGCAGGAAGCGCAACGGGCCAGCACUUUGGCUCAUACUACGAACCGUUACCGGCUGCUUCCGCUCCGAAAUCAUCAAUGUCCUGGGCGGGCCGGUUGCUUUCGUUCCUGAGUCCCAAUCGAAGGAGUUAGCGGUCUAGCCUAACCGCGUCUUAAAAGAACAUCUUCUGUUAAAUCUUAGUGGUGUUGUGUAGCGAUACUGCCUGUGUGCAUACAUUAGAAUAAAACGAAGCGGUAACCUGUUGGCCAUUGACACCUGAAAAUAGAGCAUUGCGAAUGAAAAAAUUGCCAUAAAAAUGACAGAUCGAAUUCUAGACGAGUUUUGGCGUACCUAAAUAUCGUUAGUUUGAUGAAAUUAUCUGUUUUGCGUUGUUGCAUUUAGAACUGAUAAAGUACGCAUGGUUCGAUAUAUUUCAAGAAAAGGGUUUUGGUUACGAAAAUCGACUCUAACUUAAACCGGUAAGUGCAUUUCGUAUUUUUACACUGCAGAUAGGUUCAUAACUUAACGAUACGUUAAAGAUAAGUUUUUUUUAAAUUAUAUUAAAGAUUUGUGGCUAUCGUAACCAUCUAUUCAACGUUUAAUAAUAGGACGUGUUCAAGACAGAUGUCCUGCGGUGGACUGUCUGUAUCCACCCUUUGAGCGUGUGAGAUUAAACUAAUUGCUAGACAAGGAGCGAAGCAAUGAGAAGAGGAUGAAACAGACCUAACAGUGUAUGGUUUGUUAGACGUACACUGUUAUAAUCCGUAUAUCGUCUUUGAUAUAUACUUGAUUGAAGGCAGAAGAUGACCGCCACAGGUCGAAUUCAGCUAUUUGAAAUGAGUUUUCAUGGCAAAGUGUAUCCAUGACGUCGUAGUUGCAGGCCAAUAGAUAGAUAGCUAUUGUCCAGAUAUUCACUAGCCACCGCUUCGUUUAUGUCCACAGUCAACGAACAAACACUAUUUGCAGUUAGUUUCGUUUAACUUACACCAAAACAGAGAUUGGUUUAUGAUAAACUGUUAUAUUAUACUUGCUUUAUGUAGAUGAUGCUAUCAAUUACUAGAGGGUGUGCGUACGUGGGUCUGUUUGUGGCCUUUGUCGUUUAUGGAAAUAGCUUGUUCAAUAGUAAAUAUUAUAUUUGGUCGAGCUCAUUUUUCUAAUCCUGCCUAACGGCAGCGGCCGAAUUUUGCGUGAAUGAAAACCAAUUAAUAUAUACAGUUCGUACGUAAGGUAUGUAUAUAUAUAUAUAUAUAUAUAUAUAUAUAAAUGUGACAACUUCACAUUUAUUAGGCACAGAAUAUUAGUUCCAAGUAUUAAUUACUAUUCGUAUGUAGGAGGUAAAAAUGUCUAUCAUAUAAAUAGUGAACAAUGGUAACUAUCUGUUUCUACAACUUUGUGCUUGUCUUUAUUUUUGGCCAAAUCUUAACCUUUUGGUAGAGACACGAUUUCCUGUUAACGACUUCAUGUAUCAUGAAUUAUAAUACUCAUAUACAUAUACCCAUAGACACAUUGUUAAUCAUGUUUUAUUACUACUGCAUUUCUAUCCGAAUCGAAACUAUUUCAUGGAUAAAAUAGCCUGCGUAGUUUUCUGCGUACUUAAUUCUCCCAUUGUUUACGUUCCGAUAAGUGCAAGUAAUAAGAUAUAAAUGUAGAUGCAAAUUAACAUACAUGUUGUUGUUAUUAAUAUUGAUUAUUCGAAAUAAUUCCUGUUAGCUUAACGCACUUGGCAAUAUGUUCCCAGUUGAAGCGGCGCAUUCGAACACAGUGUUUCUCACGAAGGUCACGGUUGUUCUCUUCUGUUGAAACCGGACUGGGGAAGUGGGUCAUUCUAAACAAAUAUCCGAUUUGCAUUAUCUUACUUGUUUCUUUCGGACAUACCCUUUACUUGGGGUUUUGUUCACUUGACAGAUCAUCGUUACGCUUAAAUAUUUAGUAGACUUUGUCCUUAAAGUUUUUAAGAACAUUCGCCAGAUAAUGCUUUCAGAUAUACAACAGGCUGAGAUGUGGAUUAUUAAUUCGCUGUCCUAGAAGUUUUCCGUCGUGUCUUCAAUUCUUUGAGUCAUUGUUUUAGUAUUCAACUCCGUUAAGAGUGCUGCUUUCGAACGCUGCAUAUUCAAGUCAUAAACCUUUGUUUCCAUGAAUAUCUUCCCGAUGGGCUAUUUCAAAUCGUAGUGAUUUAUCUGUAUUCUAAGAUAGCAUCUGCCAAAAUCAUAGUUGCCUCCGAUUGUUUAAUGGUAACUAUAAUUUAGUGAAAAAAAAAAAAAAAAACACAAAAUAGCAGUUCUUAGAGAAAAAAAAAAAAAAAAAGAAAAAGUAAUUUUUCCAUUUCUGGCUUGCUAUAAUAGAGGCCAUAUUUGUUCACAAACAAUACAGUAACUAUAAUCACUUGUCGGACUCGGAUAUAAACUAAGCUAGGUUAAAGUAGACGCAAGUAAUUGUAAUUUUACAUUGAAAUUUUACGAAAACAAGUGCCCUACUUUGAAAGCUAUACACAGAUACAACAUUCGUAUUUUAUGGGAAAAAUUAUUCCCACCGUCUAGCAUUAGCAGGAGGAGUAAUUAGAGAACAACAAGUGACCAAUACGUGUUCACCGUACGGCUACCCCCUACAUUAUACGUUUUGCCCUUAAUACUUAUUGUCUACAAAGACGCUCACUCCCGUCGUUCAUGUAAUCUUGCUAGUACCGGUCUCUUCUGUUUGUCGACGCCCAAAAACCGAUUAUUUCUACACUAUGAUUAACUGUAUCCAUUUGCAUACAUCUGUAUAGACAUUGUCAGGGGUCAACUGGACAGCUGCAUAGAUGCACAGGUUCUCACAAAAGACUCAGUAAGUUAUUGUUGGUCAACCUCUUUGUUCGAUGAUAUAUCUAGCGGUAAAAGAACAGCUCAGAUACUGGCUAUUCAAAUUCUUGUCAGCUUUUGUAUCAUCCUAUUGAAAUUGGUUGAAUUGCCUCGAGAUUUCUCUCAUAUUGCUAAUAUAUUCGUGUCGCUGACGUUCACGUAAAGGCCAUCGUUGCUGAAAGUAUCACCAUCGUCGCUGGCCGCUUGCAAAAAUGUGGAAUUAACAAAAAUGCUAUAAAACUAUUUAGCUUAAGUUGAACUCGUAAUAUUAAUAAUGAAAAAAUGAGCGUAGUUAAUUUUAAAAACUGUUCGUCAUUGGGCGAUAGGGUCACUAAAGUCUGGAAAGACAUUACAUGACCCUGUAAAGUUGUUAGGUAAAACCGUGUGUCAUCGUCUAAAUGUCACUGGGAAAUUCUAGCGGGAAAUUCAUAUUUCGAUCUUCUU